AUGUUGAUCCAGGAAUCUUUCCACGAUGUGCCGACCAAGGCGGACGGCAGUGGAACUAUGCGCAUUUAUGUGUUCCACCCUACUAUUCCCGGAUAUCCUAAGGCGCGGUUCCCCGGUGUAGUUGUCUUUAGUGAAAUCUAUCAAGUAACUGGCCCCGUUGCGCGAUUUGCUCGCCAAAUCGCCGGACAGGGAUACAUCUGUGCGGCACCCUCGAGUUAUCAUGAAUUCACAGGCCCUGAGCCGUUGAAGUAUGAUGCCGAGGAUACGGAUAAGGGCAAUCAGUGGAAGAUAAGCAAGAAAAUCGCGGCUUACGAUGAGGACGCCUCAUUGUGCGUCGACUAUCUUCUGUCACUCCCCACGUGCAAUGGCCGUGUAGGUGCGACGGGUAUGUGCCUUGGUGGACAUCUGGCGUAUCGCUGCGCGUUGGACAGCCGCGUGAAAGCGGCGGUGUGCUACUUUGCCACGGACAUCCAUAGUAAGACGUUGGGGCUGGGCAAGAAUGAUGAUAGUUUGGCCCGGGCGGGGGAUAUCAAGGGCGAGAUGCUCAUGAUUUUUGGAAAGAACGAUACCCAUGUUCCGCCCGAGGGAAGGGAUUUGAUCCGCAAGACCCUUCAUGACAAGGGAGUCUUGUUUAGCUUUUACGAAGUGGCUUGGGCUCAACAUGCCUUUAUUCGCGAUGAGCUCAGCAAGGGACGGUAUGACCCUGCUAUUACCAAGGUGUGCUUUGAGAUGUUGCUGGAGUUGUUCGGGCGAACGCUGAAGCUGGAUCUGGGAGAGCAUGAUGGGAAGGAGUUGAAGAUUGAAGACGUGUGCUAG